AAAACGCAGUGAAACAGGCAGGGGAAAAAGGUGCAAACAUUGCCGCGUGCCCAGCUCUGUUCCCCACCCCAUCCUCGCCAAGGGUUUAAAUGCUGGUGUCCCCCACCUCUCCCGCUCGCACCUCUCAGGGACGCGGCAGCAUGAAGGCGGUGGCCGCGCUCCUCCUGGUGGGGAUGCUCAUCCUCUGGGCAGAGCUGCCAACAGGCAGCGCCUGGUCCUGUCCCCCCGUGCGCUUCACCUGCGCUCUGCACAACCCGCGGAACCAGUGCCUCGUCGACCGGCACUGCCCCCGCGGCAAGAAGUGCUGCCGCUCCUUCUGCGGGAAAAAGUGCCUCUCCAAGCCGCCUGCCAUCGCCGUCUCCUACGUGUGAGCUCCGGCUUCCAGAACAGGCUGAGGGUCACCCCAGCAUUCCCACCUCAGCUCCAGGAUCACUCCGUGCUCUGUGCCGCCCACCGCCCUUCUCCCUCUGCUUCCCCACCGCCCUUCUACCAAAUAAAAGAGGCUUUUCCCAAGGGUGUUUGUGAUGCGU